CCUCUUCGCGCCCGACCAGUCCCACCCAUCCCUGUCGCGCUCUUCGUCGCCAUGGCUGCUCUGCGCUCCUCUGCUCGCCUCGCCGCGCCGCUGCCGCGCGCUGCGCUGCGCCUGCCGGCCCGCCGUGCCUACGCCACAAGCCCGGCGCCUGGCGCUCACCCGCCGCCGCAGCAGGGUGGCUCGCGCUCCCAGGGCACGAGCAAGACGCUCAUCGGCUCCGUCGCGCUGCUCGCGGCUGCCGGUGGCGCGUUCCUGCUCUUCGGCCCGGAGAACAAGCGCGCCGCGCUCGGCGUCGGCCCGGACGGCAGCAACAAGCUGAGCGGCAGCGGUGCCAAGGCCCAGCGCGCUGCCACGUACAAGGGCGUGGGCCCCGGCCUCGCCGCCGACCCGGCCGACUACCAGAAGGUGUACAACGCCAUCGCCGACAAGCUCGACUCGAACCCCGAGUACGAUGACGGCAGCUAUGGCCCUGUGCUUGUGCGCCUCGCCUGGCACGCCAGCGGCACCUACGACAAGGACUCCAACUCCGGUGGCAGCAACGGCGCCACGAUGCGCUUCGCCCCCGAGGCCAACCACGGUGCCAACGCCGGCCUGAUCGUCGCUCGCAACUUUAUGGACGAGAUCCACGAGCAGUUCCCCUGGAUCUCGUACUCUGACCUCUGGACGCUGGGCGGCAUCGUCGCCGUGCAAGAGCUUGGAGGACCCAAGGUACAGUGGCGCCCGGGCCGCAAGGACGGCGAGGAGGCGCACUGCACGCCCGACGGACGACUGCCCGACGGCGACAAGGGCAGCGACCACCUGCGCCACAUCUUCUACCGCAUGGGCUUCAACGACCAGGAGAUCGUCGCCCUCUCCGGCGCCCACGCCCUGGGCCGCUGCCACAAGGACCGCUCGGGCUUCGACGGCCCGUGGCAGCACGCGCCCACGUCGUUCACGAACGCGUACUACGAGCUGCUCUUCAGCGAGAAGUGGAACCUGAAGAAGUGGGACGGACCGAUCCAGUACGAGGACAAGAGCACCAAGAGCCUGAUGAUGCUCACCACCGACUACGCGCUGCGCACCGACAAGUCGUUCCGCAAGCACGCCGAGCGGUACGCCAAGUCGGAGGAUGAGUUCUUCAAGGACUUCUCCGCCGCGUUCGCCAAGCUCCUCGAGCUCGGCGUGCCGGAGAUUCGCUGGCAGGAGGGCUCGAAGCUCCUCAAGGACGGCAAGCACCUCACCUUCCAGACGUCUGCCGAGCAGGAGAACGCGCAAGCCUAGAACACCCAUAGAGCCUCGAUCGAGCAAGCACAGCACCGCCGCAAGU